CAGCCUCAUAUGGAAUGGUUUACAUACAGGCGGAAAUAACAUUCGACCAUCUAUAACCUGCUGAACAAGGAAUGGAAGGUUUUGAACACUUUUCUCUCUUCUUCCAGCAAUAGCCUUUAAUAGACAGAAAUCUCGAAGCAGGUAAUUAGAAUCCGGAGACAAGCCGAAGCAAGCCGAAGCAAGCCGAAGCAAGUGAGCUUUGAAGUAUGUCUGAGAGAAUAUGCAAGAGUGACGUUUCUCGUUGGCCACCACCAAAGAAACGUUUACGAAAAAAAGAGCUUCACCAAAUAAAAAAUCACCUUUCAAGAAGCUAUGAAAAGGCUCCAUGGGUAUCCGAAAUACAAGACAAGGGAGACUUAUUUUACGUUGAACAGUACGUUGAUGAUCCAAAUACAGGACAUUUAACUGCUCAACAAAAACAAACAUCUGAACAAUAUCAACAAAAUGGCGGUCAAGUGAUAAAAGAUAAGCGACUUACUGGAAAUAAAUUGCUGGAUUUUAUAUCACAAAUGAAGAAGACAAAGAAGACGGAUAUUGGUAUAUCACAAAGAGAUAAUCCUAAUCAAGAUCAAGAUAGAGCUGGUAAAGAAAAAGACAUGAAGUUUGAGGUAAAAUUACGUGUUCAUCCACCGAGGAUUGGUCCCUAUAAAAGAGAUGAUUUGGAAAGUGUGCUGGGCAUUAUUCCACUCAAGUCUGUAACCGCAAAUGACAGAGAUGAACUUAGUUUUACUCAUGAAUACGGACGAGAUUCAAGAAUUGUUAUUGCUGGUUUUACACCCACUGGACCUGCUAUCAGAUCUCACCAACUGAAGAUUGGUGAUAGUAUUUUAGCAUUGAAUGGCUUGGAGAUAAAUACAGACAAUGUUAAUGUUAUAUUGGGAGCAAUUCCUGGAUCUGUAGAGGUUACACUGAAGAUCCAGAAACAUUCACCCCCACCUGCUUAUAUUAGUCUCCUAUUGUGAAUGGUUUUAAUCCCGAUGGCAACCAUUUGUUAGGAAUAAUCAGUGGAAAAAGAGUGCGAUGAAAUAGAUUAUCGUCAAAAUACUCCUCAUGUUGGAAUGUUUCUCUUGUUGUCUCCAGUGAAGGCGAAUUCAAAGUUGACUGAGAAAGUUGGAGAGACGUCCUCAGAUUUUCCACCCAGUGUAGCAAAUGUUGUACACACUAUAAAUGGCACAUUUCUAAGACUAUAUACCAGUAUCAAAUGCUAUCUAGUGUAAGCCGGCGCACGCCAUCCUAACAAUGUACAAAAGCGCAUUUGGUUUUUGCAAAAUGAAUUUACAAUGCUGCAUAUU